GCAGCGUGCAACACUUCCAUGACUACCAUGGAGACUUUAAAGAACCUUCCAUCCAAAUUUAGCAUCUCCGUUCCAGGGAAGGUCAUUUUACUGGGAGAACAUUCCGUUGUCUAUGGCCAUCUUGCUAUAGCAGCAAGUCUUAAUCUACGGUCGAAACUCGAAUACACCUGUUUCGAUGAACUCAAUGAAAAUGACUUUGUUCAUAUAAAACUGCCUAAUAUUAAGCUAGACAUCUCAUUAUCUUCUAGCGACCUGAAUCAUCUCCUAACUUCUUUGUCCUCAAAGAAUGGCUGGGACUUCAAUAAUCCUUUUAAUGUUGAUUUUGACAAUCUAGUGCUAGGUGUUGAAACGUUCAUAAAAUCACAAACAAAGUUCCAUGGUCUUGAAACUCAGCAACUACUUGGCUUAAAGUGCUGCCUGUUCCUGAUGGUAGCAAUUCUCAACUGCCCAAAUCAGCCCAAAUUGGCAGGUCUGAAACCUUUUUUGUUGAGUUUGACAUCAGAUUUGCCUGUUGGUGCAGGGGCAGGUUCGUCUGCUUCUUUUUGUGUUUCGUUGGCUGCGUUUUUUGUGUGUCUUGCCAGUUUGCGAGAAGAGCCUAGAGUCUUCUGUCUUGAUGAGAAGACUAAGGACUUGAUAUCUAACUGGGCUUUUCUGGGAGAACGCAUCACACAUGGAAAUCCAUCUGGUCUUGAUAACAAUGUUUGUGCAUUUGGAUCCUUGAUAGCUUUUCGUCGUCCAAAUACCAUAACAAAAAUUCCUCUAUGCAGCGGAGUUAGAGUUCUGUUGGUUGACACAAAAGUGAGUCGCAAUACUCGUACUCUUGUUGAAAGGGUUGCAACAUUGAAAAGCCAUCAUGAAGCCAUUGUCCAGACCAUCAUGAAGGCAAUGGAGAGUAUAUGCGUUGAGGCCGAAAAGCUUUUCAAACUUCUGGAUGAAGCUAAGAAAUGUCACUCUACAGAAGAAAGCCUAUCUUUAUUCUCAAGGAUGGAGGAGCUGUGGUCCAUGAAUCACUCCCUACUUCAAGCUUUGGGAGUAAGUCACCCAUCUUUAGACCAAAUUGUCCAGAUGUCCAAGAAGCACAACCUAGUUGGAAAAUUAACUGGUGCCGGAGGGGGAGGUUUUGCUAUAGUCUUAGUCCCCACAGGAAAAGAAAAGGCACUAACUUUACUAAAGGAUGAGCUAUUGGGUUGUGGAUUUGGUGUCAGUGACGUGGAGUUGGGAGGACCAGGGGUUCAGCUGCACUUGAACUGAUCCUCUUUGUAUUUGUCGUAAUCGCAAUUGGUUGGCACAAGUGUUGGAGGUAAUAAAACUGACCUGUGAAAA